AAACACGUCCAUCAAACUUGUCUUCUUCUAACAAGGAUGGGAGAGUCUCGACUCAUCGUUGAGGAGAUGCUGGCGCUUUGUCUCCAGCGAAUGGCAUUCGAAGAAAGUGCGAGGACCACUGAGCUUGAGUUCAUGGAAGUGGUGAACAACUUUGAGAGCUUCCGGAAGCGAUGGCUGCAUGCGGAGUUGGAGAUGAAGAAGUACAAGGAGCUGCUGGUCAAGUCGGAUGUGGCUAAAGCUGCUCUGGAGGUCAAACUGAAACACGCCCGCAACCAGCUGGACGUGGAAAUGAAGAAGCGCUACAAGAUGGAGGGCGACUACCAUUACCUGCAGCGGCAGAUGCAGCUCAUGUGCGACAUCCUGGUUCACGACAGCAAAUCCAGCGCGUGUUUGAACGAGGAGCAGAAAUCUCUUCUGGCCACCUUCGACCACAAAGGACCCAACGUGACUCUGCAGCGCAGCAGCAAGCGAUUGUCUGCGAUCGAUGAGUCGUCCUUCUUGUCGCACUCCGACAUCAGCUACGACCGGACAGAUGACGACAUGGACCUGGACUCUACUGUCAUCAAACCUCUGCGCUCGCGUGCGCGAGAGAGGAGGCGCACGUCCAUGAAUGUCAGCCUUGCCGCUCCCGUAGGAAGACUCGGGCGAGGCGGCAAUAUUUCUGCCGAGCUCCUGGAGUCCAAAACUGUGGGGAAGGAGGUGGAGACCAUGGUCAGGGCGUCGGUGCAGAUCCCCGAGACUGGUGGUCAGGUUCCCUUGGCGGUCGGCGUCCUGCAGGAGGAAGCAGGCGGUUCCACGCAGGAGACUGCUGGAGAGCAAACGUCCGUGUGUGACCAAGUGCAGAUGAGAAAACACCUCUUCCUCUCUAAGACGGUGAUCCGCCCUGAGAUGUGUCUGCCUUGCGGAAAAAGAAUCCGCUUUGGCAAGAUGGCGCUCAAGUGCAGAAAGUGCCGCACCGUCGCUCAUCCCGAGUGCAAGGAGAUGUGUGCUGAAAGCUGCCCUGACAGCGCGGCGCCAACAGGAAGUGCUCAAAUGGUGAGCUCUUCUCCCUCAAUGAGCGCCUGGCGAAGGCUGAUCUUCUUCUCUCCCGACCAGGACUCGCUGGAGGCUUCGGCUCCUCCGAGUCAUCCCAGGGUUCCUGCGCUGGUCAUGGAGUGUGUGCGAGAGAUCGAGAGGCGGGGCUUACAGGAGCGAGGACUCUACAGAGUUCCUGGUGGCGAGCGGCAGGUGAAGGAGUUGCGGGAUCGCUUCCUGGCUGGAAAAACUCCGCUUCAGCUGGGGAAGGUUUCAGAUAUCCAUGUGGUUUGUGGCGUCCUCAAAGAUUUCCUGAGGAAGCUCAAAGAACCGCUGGUCACCUUCCGGCUCCAUCGCAACUUCAUGGAAGCUUCUGAGAUGAGCGACCAGCAUCACUCGUCGGCCGCCAUGUUUCAGGCCGUCGCUGAGCUGCCCAAGUCCAACCGAGACACGCUGGCCUUCCUCAUGCUUCAUUUCCACAAGGUGAUGCAGAGUCCUCCGUGUCAGAUGGACCACAAUAAUCUGUCUCGGGUGUUUGGACCCACUCUGGUGGGACACGGCAUGUCUGAACCCUCGCCGUCGACCAUCUUGCAGGACACAAACGUGCAGCCCAAGGUCAUCUGUCGCUUGUUGUCGCUCCCAGAAGACUACUGGAGGCGGGUCCUGAGUGUCCAGACUAAAACCCCGAACCUUGCCCAAGCUCGCUUCUUCAAGCCGCUAACGUCUCCUGAGCUGAAGAGCUACCAGGCCCUGGGCUCCAAUCCGGGUCGCAUCAAAAACUUGGCCAGUGCUUUCAGCAACGUGCGAACUGAGCCGGGGAAGAAGUUCUUCACGUCGCCCAGCUGACACUUUUACUUAAGGAAACACAACUGAAUAAAAGAUGAAACCUGCAAUUUAAAAAAAGAA